UAGGGCAGAAGCGGGUGCCAUUGAGCUCCGUCGAGUAGCAGAGGGGGCAGGGCUAAUUCUUAAAGGAGCCGCGACCCAUUAGCAGACCGGAGGGUGACCCGGAUGAUGGCGGCCCGUGCUGCCUUAGCCUGGGCACUGUGGCUACUACUGCCCCCAGUGGGUGUGGGAGGGGCAGGGCCCCCGCCGAUCCAGGACGGCGAUUUCACUUUCCUGCUACCUGCGGGGAGGAAGCAGUGUUUCUACCAGUCCGCGCCAGCCAACGCAAGCCUGGAGACCGAGUAUCAGGUGAUCGGAGGUGCUGGACUGGACGUGGAUUUCACGCUGGAGAGCCCUCAGGGCAUGCUGCUGGUCAGUGAGUCCCGCAAGACAGACGGGGUGCACAUGGUGGAGCCCACGGAGGCCGGGGACUACAAGCUGUGCUUUGACAACUCCUUCAGCACAAUCUCGGAGAAGCUGGUGUUCUUUGAACUCAUCUUUGACAGCCUGCAGGACGACGAGGAGGUUGAGGGCUGGGCAGAGGCUGUGGAGCCCGAGGAGAUGUUGGAUGUCAAGAUGGAGGACAUCAAGGAGUCUAUUGAGACCAUGAAAACCCGGCUGGAACGCAGCAUCCAAAUGCUGACGCUGCUCCGGGCCUUCGAGGCUCGUGACCGCAACCUGCAGGAGGGCAACUUGGAGCGGGUCAACUUCUGGUCGGCUGUGAAUGUGGCGGUCCUGCUGCUGGUGGCUGUGGUACAGGUCUGCACACUCAAGCGCUUUUUCCAAGACAAGCGCCCUGUGCCUACAUAGCCCCAGAAGGAGGAGGGGGAAGAAGGGGUAUUAGGGUGCAUGCACGAGACUUGGGGCUCCCUUCCCCAACUUAGUUUCCUCCAGGAGGGGAGUCUGUGUGGUCGGGGCCUGAGGUGUGGCCCCUGGGAUCUCCUCCCCUCGGCGGGGCUAGGCAGGGAGCUCCGGCUGGCUCGCAGGCCUGGGCCCUCCAGAAGGGACAGCGCAGCGGUACACUACUUUGGUGGAAAUUGUGUACUGGGGGCACUGCGGUGUUUGAACGCAACCAUUGGAUUUUCUGGCCCUGCCUCUGUCCCCACUGCAAAUGUGCCUUCGGCCACCGUCCAGCCUGCACAGCUGGUGUGGGACGGGGCCCAGGAAGCAAACUGUCCCUCCCCUUCCCCGCCGGCCCUCUCAGCCACGCCGCAGCAGGAGGGGGCUUGCUGCUUGUGGAACUCCAUGCCUUCCUUUCUUCCUCUCUUUGUAGCCCCACCAGAGGCCUGUUGCUGCUGGGGCGGCUCCCUGGUGGGGGUGGCCUGCUUGUGCCAGGGGCUGGGAAGGAGACAUGCUGCAGUGUUCUUGCCAGGACAGUCACUUUAUUGACAGGAAGGGGCCCAGCCCCUUGGCCCAGCAGGGUGCGGGCGGAAUGUGAGGUCUGGUAACCUAACUCCAGGGUGGAGGCCUGCAAGACCCCCCUCCCCUCCUGCUCUCUCUGCAGGGGCCCCAGACAGGGCUGAGGGGUGGUCCUGCCAAAGCCUUCGCAGCAACCUUGGAACAAAGGGCGGUCUGGCGCGGGCACUGGAGUCAAUAAAUUAUGGCCAGAAAA